AUGGUGUCAUGGUUUUGGACCACGCCUAGUGCAUCAACUCCGAUGGAAGUUCAUCCUGUACUCUCGUUGGAGGAACGCGCACGCCGCGUUACCGCCGAUGACUUAGCGCGCGUAACUCCUUCCGACGUUCAACGUGUAAAGCAGCGGUUGACAAAAGAGGAUUUGCACCGCGCAAUGCGUAUCAUGCUGGAGGAUGAUCGGUAUCAGGAGGUGAUGAUGGCAGCACCAUCGACAUCCCUACGCAAAGCGUCUGAUGGAUUGGAUUCUACACACCGACAUUGCUUUACGUCACUCGCCCGGAGGAAUAUGCUCGCCUUCUAUAAUGUGCUUCCUCACAUCACAGAGUCCCACCUAAAGGAAGUGUACGCGCUGUUUGAGGGCGUUAGUGAGUAA